GGAGUAGGAGGCUGAAUUUGGAUACAAAGCACACAGAUGAUGGAUAGUGAGUGGAUGAAUUUGUCUCUUUGGAUACUCUAAGUGAGGAGUGAUUUACAACUUUGGAUUUAUUUUUCCAUUAGUAAUUCUUAAGCAUCUGUGGUAUCAAACCAGAGGUCCUGAAAUAACCAGAGCAGAAAAAGACCCAGAGAGGGGGUCAGGAAGUGAGUUCAGAGCAUCUCAAGUGUCUGACUGCAGCAGGUGUCUCACUGCAUCUGUCCAACAAGACCUCCAAAUCAGACAACUUCAACAUAAUGGAAGGUACCAGAACUGCUCUCUGGCUGUUUCUCUUGCUCAACCAGCUGCCGUUCUGUCCUACUGAUGCAGACCAACACCUUACAACCAUGCUAACUUAUUCGAACACAACAAAUGAUCAUGGUGACGGCUCAACCUCUGCUGUGGUGUCUAGUCCCACAGCGAUUGACCACACAAACUCUCCUGAUACAGACACCAAUGGCACUCGAGCCGACUGCUUGAUCGACACUGAGAUGGGUCUGAUUGCUAUAGGUUCAGCAGGGGGGCUGAUUGUCUGCCUGCUGGUUGCCAUUGUGGUACUGGCAUGCCAGGUCUGCCACAUUCAGCGCCGGGUUUAUGCCCCCCGAACCUCCCGGUCCAAUAUGGACUUGGUGAGCAGUGUGGGCUACUGGGGCACUGAACGGCCGGAGGCCGGGGGACUGGUUGGGCCGUGUGAUGCCAGUGUCAUGCUUGAGGAGGUGAGAGCAGACAGCGAGGUGGAAAAGGAAAGGCUGGCUGAAAUACAAGAGGGAAAGGAGGAGGCUGGGGCCAUGGCAAUGGCUUUUGAUCCUGAAGAGAAGGACUGUCUGAUGCCGAGCUCCAGCUCCAGGGACUCCUGUCUGGAGGUCCCCAGGGAUCUAGAGGACAUGCCCCUUGUUGUGUAAGGAGUUAUCCUGACCACGGCAACUUUCACUCAAGACAAACAGCAACCACUCAAUUCAGCUAAUGUCUUAUGGUUAAAUUCAUGUUCUUUCCAGUUUUUUCACAUCACAGAAUUAAACGAAAACCUCACUAAAAUGCAAUUGAAAUGUGGAAUAUUAGUGUUGAUACAAUACUUGAGUUAUGGUACCCAUACCAAAAUUGUUUUUCAAUGCAUUUCUUUGAGAAUUCUAAAUACAUUUUUCAACUAAACCCCUUUUUUCACUCAACAAAGGAAGCCAAGGUUCUCAAAUGUUAUAUAUCUAAUAGCAUCGAGUCUAAAUCUGUCAAGGUAUGCUUUUAAUCAGGAACUAUCUGAUCUAAGAACAAGUAAACAAGUUUACAAAUCUGACAAUGCAUCUAGUUUGAUACUCAAUGCCACAUACAUUUUGGUCAGUAUGAAAAAAGUAUUGUGGUUCAAUAUCUAGUCUGUAUAUGUUUUGAUGUAUGAUAGUAUCAGUGGAAUUUAUUCAAAAUAUUUAUACUGUUUAGAAAGUAGUACAUGAAUACUAAAUUUAGUAUAAAAAGAAUACUUUAGUUAAAAUAAUGAGAAUAUUUGAGUUAUUUGAAGUGUCUUCUUGGCAAACUUAUCGUUUAAAAAGAUCAAGGUGUAUAUUUUUCUUUACAUGUUUCAUGAGAAUUAGUGAAGUCUAACUUAAACAUCUAAUAUAACAUGCUGCAUAUUUUUUCACACUUGCUUAACAAAUUCAAGACUUACUGUAAGACUGCUUGAAAUGUCUUAUUUUACAACACAACUGAGUGGACACAUUAAUUUAAGAAACAGACAAAAAGGCAAACCAACAACAAGCAGAUCAACACUUUUAAAGUAUCAAAGAACUCCCAAGAUCUAUUCCUAGAUCUCACACCAGGGACCUCAUGUGCUGGCAACACCAUGUUAUAACAAUGGUCAGAGAGUUGGGUACAAUUUCUGCUAACAGUCUGUGUUAUAUUAAUUAGUAAAUCUCUGAUGCUUCUGUCAGUUUAGCUGUCUAUUAUCUCUUACCUGUACUGCAGACUUUCUAAUGCUACUGUUUUUUUUAUGCUUGUGUACCUGAAAAAGAGACUGUU